UUUGGAUACAACCACGCAACUUUGUCAAUGACAGCCGCAGCCUGUGCUUUUCAGGAGAGAGAUUCACGUGGAUAUACCGACCAGAGAGCAACAGGUUCGAAGGUGACACUCGGAUGCUGCAGUAGCAAUGUCACAGCUGUAUUACAAGAAAACUGACAACUCCUCAUACAGGGACCGCAUCCCUCUGAGGAUAGUGAGGGCUGAGUCUGAACUGUCGCCGAUGGAGAGGGCCUACCUGGGGGCUGUCGAGAAGGGGGACUAUGCCAGUGUGAAACAAGCCCUGGAGGAGGCUGAGAUCUACUUCAGAAUCAACAUCAACUGCAUCGAUCCGCUGGGACGCACCGCUUUGCUGAUUGCCAUUGAAAAUGAAAACUUGGAGAUCAUUGAGCUGCUUCUCAGCUACAAUGUGUACGUAGGAGAUGCUCUGCUUCACGCCAUCCGUAAAGAAGUGGUGGGGGCCGUGGAGCUGCUGCUGAACCACAAGAAACCACGUGGAGAAAAACAGGUUCCACCGAUUUUGCUGGACAAACAGUUUUCAGACUUCACUCCAGACAUCACUCCUAUCAUCCUUGCAGCCCACACCAACAACUAUGAGAUCAUCAAACUGCUGGUGCAGCGAGGUGUUUCCAUACCUCAGCCACAUGACGUACGCUGCAACUGCGUGGAAUGCUUGUCCAGUUCCGACGUGGAUGGCCUCCGUCACUCGCGUUCUCGCCUUAACGUCUACAAAGCCCUCUCCAGCCCAUCUCUCAUCGCCCUUUCCAGCGAGGAUCCAUUUCUUACAGCGUUCCAACUCAGCUGGGAACUCAAGGAGCUCAGCACGGUGGAGAACGAGUUCAAGUCAGAGUAUGAGGAGCUGUCCCAUACCUGUAAACAGUUUGCAAAGGACCUGUUGGAUCAGACCCGUAGCUCUAAAGAACUGGAGAUAAUCCUCAACUACCGUGAUAACAUGAACCCUUUAUUAGAUGAGAACACAAAUGAUCUGGCCCGUCUGAAGCUGGCUAUCAAAUAUUGCCAGAAAGAGUUCGUAGCUCAGCCCAACUGUCAGCAGCUUCUGGCGUCUCGUUGGUACGAUGAGUUUCCAGGCUGGAGGAGGCGUCACUGGGCGGUGAAGCUCAUUACAUGUAUCUUCAUCGGCAUCCUCUUUCCACUCUUAUGCAUGUUCUACCUGAUCUCCCCGAAGAACCGCUACGGCCUGUUCAUCCGUAAACCCUUCAUCAAAUUCAUCUGUCACACCGCUUCCUACCUGACCUUCCUCUUCCUGCUCUUCUUGGCGUCGCAGCAUAUAGCCUUCACAGAGCGAGACCUUCAGGGCCCACCACCCACCACGGUGGAAUGGAUGAUCCUCCCCUGGGUGCUCGGCUUUAUAUGGACGGAGAUCAAGCAGAUGUGGGAUAGUGGUUUUGAGGACUACAUAGACGACUGGUGGAAUUUAAUGGACUUCAUAAUGAACGCCUUGUAUCUUGCAACAAUUUCUCUGAAGAUCGUUGCCUACAUAAAGUACAAUGGAGCCAAACCCAGAUGUACCUGGGAAAUGUGGCACCCGACUUUGGUGGCAGAGUCACUGUUUGCUAUAGCCAACAUCUUCAGCUCCUUGCGCCUCAUCUGCCUUUUCACUGCCAACUCCCACCUGGGCCCUUUGCAGAUCUCCCUGGGCCGUAUGCUCCUGGACAUCCUCAAGUUCCUCUUCAUCUACUGUCUAGUGCUGCUGGCCUUUGCCAACGGCCUCAACCAGCUCUACUUUUACUACGAAACAGAGGGAGAUGGGCCAAGUGGUUGCAAGGGUAUUCGAUGUUCUCAUCAAAACAACGCAUUCUCAACGCUAUUCGAGACACUCCAGUCAUUAUUUUGGUCUGUAUUUGGCCUGAUUUCACUGUAUGUGACCAAUGUUGAACCAGACCAUGAAUUCACUGAGUUUGUGGGAAGUACCAUGUUUGGAACGUACAAUGUCAUUUCCCUGGUAGUUCUUCUGAAUAUGCUAAUUGCGAUGAUGAACAACUCCUACCAGCACAUUGCUGAUCACGCAGACAUAGAAUGGAAAUUUGCCAGAACAAAAUUAUGGAUGAGCUAUUUUGAAGAAGGGGGGACUUUGCCAUCUCCGUUUAAUAUAAUCCCAAGCCCGAAGUCCCUGUGUUAUCUAAUUGGAUGGAUAAAGACGCACUUGUUUAAGAGACCAAGUGUCAAAAGGCUUGAAACCUUUGAAACUUUGGGGGUCCGUGCAGCUGAAAAUGUAAGAUUAAACCAUGAGUAUCAGGAGGUUUUAAGGAACUUAGUAAAGCGAUAUGUGGCUGCGAUGAUCAGAGAUGCCAAAACAGAGGAAGGGUUGACAGAGGAGAAUUUUAAGGAGCUAAAGCAGGAUAUCUCCAGCUUCCGCUAUGAAGUCCUGGGAAUGAUGAAGGGGAAAUCUUACGGCAGCACAGCAGGAAAACACUGUAGUUCCACCUUGGCUUACCCCGGAAACCCAUUCAAAUACUCCCCCAAGCUGCCUACGGAUGAGACGCAACAAAUACUGAAAGUUUUUGAUGUGACAACCAGCAUCCUGCAGAAUAGAGCUGCCAGCAACGCCAACUCCGAGGGCAGGCAGAGCUCAGCCAACGGUUCAGUUUUCCUGUCCGCUACAGAAAAGACUCGGAAUGAGCUAUGCAAGGAAGUCUCAAGUCUCCCAAAACAGAGCAGACACCUCUCUCAGAAACAUGAUGAAAUAUCCUCACUGCCAGAAGGGAAUACGGUGGAAUCUAAAGGACAAAAGCCAGAACAACUGAAGACUGAGAAGGUAAAAGUGCAAGUGUUGAAGGCAGUGGAGAAGAGCAUCCAAAAGAUGGAACAUUCUUCCAAAGAACAUAGCAAGGAAGUUAAAAAUGGGCCAAAAAAAUACAAAAAUUAAUUUAGUUGACCUUUUUAGGAUAUUUUUGGAUUUCAUAUUUCACCUAACAGUUCAAUUCUGCCUUAUCUUUUAGUCCUGUAUGGAAGUAAUUCAACAUCUGAUGAGACAGAUUUUCUCAUCAGAUUUUGAAUUAGAAAAGCCACUGAAUUUCUAGCACUGAAUUUUUUUGCACUGAAAUUAAGUAUUUGAAUUUUUUGUCUCUGAAUUCAACU